UGUACGGAGCGAAUCCAACUUGGCCGGACCUGCUAAGAAAGUAGAAUAACCAGAUUCGUCUCUUAUAACAGCGCAUAACAUGCAAAUAAGGGUCAAGUUGUCGUUGAGAAGAAAAGCAUAGAGUCAUGUUCUAUAGUAAGACAUGUUUAGAUGUCCUUACUAACAUUAGUGAUUAUUUCCGGUUGUGUCAGCGUCAGCACAACUCUCGCAACCCGUUCCGGCACUUAUCUGCUCGAAUCUUGUUAAAUGAAAACUUACCAUACUGAACGAUUGUAUUCAUCGCCAUUCUCUAAUUUAACAACUGUUUUAUCACACAGAUCAGAUAGUGACCGAAUCAAUUUCACAUUUAUACUAGGAUGCUUCAUAGGGCACAGACGUUCCCUCUCAAUAUCGACAAGCCAGCAGCCGGGAACAGGAACAAGACAUGGACAAUAGCUGAAAUAUGUCCAUCCUCUAACACGGAACAGAAGCGGGUGUGCUAUCCAAACCUGGAACCAUGGGCACCACGAGAUGGGCAACGGAAUCUGUCUAGCGAGUUAGAAGAUACCAUCAAAGAGCUUAGAGCAAGGGAUGGCUUCUUAGGGUCUAAAGAAAGUCUACGAGAGAAGUGGUCUAUCAAGUUUGAGGCAGCCAACAGACGGAUGGAAGAGUCUAAUACAGCCACCGUGCCGACUAUCAUGGUGGUGGCCUGGGAUGAGAACGACCGCGAAUAUAGCGUCGAGGAUGAGCAGCUAUGGAGCGAGGCAUGUAAGGACAUGGUCAACUUCUUGAGGGGUAACGGUGCUGCUUAUUUCGGAGUUGAGAUCAUACACUGGGAUCAGUUAGACUAUCAAGUUGUGACAUGAGCUUACAUAUUUAUAUCUUCCUCAACGUUUACGGAGAUAGGAAAGGGGGGUGUUGGACUAGUGUCGAGUGGGUUGACGAUACA